UCUUUCGCUCACAAUGUUGUCUGGUCAGAGGCGGAGUCGACAACGCUGCCAUGGCAGUCAAGGAGGGUGGCGAUCGUGGCGAGCCACCUCUCGCAAGACGGUGGCCGCAUCGCUGAUGAUGACACGGAGGUAACCCGCGCCUCAGCCCAUGAGGGUUCUUAUGACGUAGCUAUAAUCGUACUUGUUUUAGCCUGCCAUUCGGUUCUGCCCGACAAUCAAGCCUUGCAGCCUGAUGAGCAACGUGAUGUCGCUCUACGAGACACAUUCCGCCCUUCCCUCCCUCUCGAGGUUUGGGUUCGCAUCCUCUCCUUACCUUCACCCAGACGAAGCCCUUGCCCUCCGUUCCGUUAACCGCAUUCUACGAUCUGCAGCACUCUGCGCUAGCCUACACCGCCCAAAUAUCCUUCGAUCUCCCCUUACGCAUGACUUACGCGAAACGCACCGUUCUGCAGCACGUACAUCACCUGCAAGUAUUCGCGUCCUCGGAGAUCAUACCGAGACCGGGCAAGUGUUACCCGCUGAAUCGUCUCCUCGCCCUGCUCCGCUGUCUUCCCGCCGGCACCCUGCGCACAUUCGCAGCACCAUAACGACAUCGCGACCGUACCAUGCUGGCCGCUCGAGCGCCUCGACAUUUCGCAUAACCGCUGCCGCGAUUGCGUUCCCUACCUCCUCGCCUCCUUGCACAUGCAGCAACUCGACGCAAGCAGCCUCGGUCUUCGUCCGCAAGAUAUCGAGUGCACAAUGCCCGGGCCAGCGCUCCGCGAAUUCUGUGGAAUCGGGAAUACCGAGCUCAUGUUGCGCGACUUGUGGGCACUGCGCGCAGCCUGGACGCAAGCACUGUGUACCGAAGUGGUUUUGCACUACGUCUGCGGGCAGCCGUGGUCUCGGCAGAGGGGACACCGCCGCCCACAUCGGAGGGGGUCCUCGCGAUCGUUUACGGCGCUGAAAUGAAACUCUGCGACGAGGUAGACGUGCUGUAGCAGGAGAGGAUCGGCCGCGGCCGCUUCGGCGAUGAGUGAAAGUAUGGGGUUGCAAUAGUACCGUUGUAUGUAGUGUAUCCUAGUCCAU